AUGUUGAAUGCACAACGUGGUGGGCCUUCUGGCCUCGCUGUUUGUUUCUCGAUCAAUGGGGAUCUAUUCACGUCCGUCGCUGAUAUGCAGGACUCCUCGAUUCGGAAAAGUCCAUUCCAGCGCUUCUCCACAAGUACAUCGAAAGUGAGAGAAAUCGGCUCAGAUGAACUCAGAAAAUUAGCAGAAGUGUACAGUGAACGAAACGAGCAAGCACUCGAAACUGGCAUCAAGGACAUCUCAAACCCAAUCAAUGCUUUCUUACUGAUAAAGCAGAAGAUCUUCGACUGGAAAGGAAUCGAGCACAGAAUGCUUCUGAACAAAGCUGGUUCAUUCAUCGAGCGUAUUCAGGAUGCCAACUAUGGAAUCCGUUAUCCAACAGAGGUCAGCCAACUGUUUGACCUGUAUGAUUGUGGUCGUAGUCUAUGUCGCGUAUUAAACUUUGUUUCAGAUCCAACUCAUCCUAGAGCAAAAGGAAACAUCAAAUGGUACGAAGAUCUGUUGGCUGAAGAGGGCGUGAGAAAAUCAGAAAUGAGAAGGUCCUUAGGGCCAAUAAGAAACGAGCGACCGAUCAGUGUACUCGGCAAUGAAGAAAGAACGAUCUAUGAGGCUCUCUGUAGGAACGAAGUGCCCGUGAGCCCAAAGGAGAUCUCAAAACUCUAUUGCUACUACAAACGAGACAGGCCAUUCCUAGUGUACGCUCCGAUUAAAGUUGAAAUCAAGCGAUUCAAUCCGUUGGCGGUUCUGUUCAAGGAGGUGAUCACCGAUGACGAAAUUGAGACGAUUCAGGAGUUGGCCAAACCCAAGCUAGCCCGUGCCACUGUCCACGACGCCGCUUCGGGCACACUCGUCACUGCGACCUACAGAAUCAGCAAGAGCGCAUGGUUAAAAGCAUGGGAAGAUGAGGUUGUGGAGCGAGUGAACAAACGUCUCGACCUGAUGACUAACCUUGAAAUGGAAACCGCUGAAGAACUACAGAUUGCUAACUACGGUAUUGGUGGCCACUACGACCCUCACUUCGAUCACGCGAAAAAGGAGGAGACGAAGUCUUUUGAGUCCCUGGGUACCGGCAACAGAAUCGCCACUGUGCUCAUCUACAUGUCGCAACCAGUCCAUGGUGGUGGUACUGUCUUCACUGAUAUCAAAUCGACAAUUAUGCCAACAAAGGUGAAUCUUCCUCUCAUUGCUGUUCUAGCGCGUGUUGUUUGCAGAACAACGGUCAAAAAGUAUUGA